UUCAGAUCCCAUCCCAUGCUCACCCUGGUGCUGAUUCUGCUCCUGAUCCUGGCUUUGUUGGUGUCCUUGGCUGUUGUGUCAGGGGGAGGACACGGAGAGACUCCAGUUACUCCAGUUACUCCAGUUACAGCUGACACUCCAGUGCUGCUGGCCUGUCCCCAUGGCUGGGUCGGGCACCGCGGGAUCUGCUACUUCCUCUCGAGGGAUCAGCUCAGCUGGGAUCAGGCUCAGGCUCGGUGCUCUGAGCUCGGGGCCUCCCUGGCCGUGCUCCAGGACUGGGAAAUGGAGUUCCUCUUCACUCACAGCGCAAAGGUCGAUUAUUGGCUCGGGCUGCACAGACGGGGCCGGGAGCUGCAGUGGGGGGACGGCAGCAGCUUCAACUUCUCGGUUCCUGUCCUGGGCAAUGCAAAGUGUGUGUUCCUGGCUGAGAAGCAUCUCAGGAGUGCACCUUGCUCUAACCUAAUACACUAUGUCUGCAGCAGACCCCAAAGGAUUGUCCAUGCUGG